GGAACGCUCUGCAUGGGGAGGAUGCUCCGUCCUGGGAUGUCCCGAGCAGGCGCGGCGGCCUUUAAGGGGAGGGACGGAAGCCUGACCCGUCCCCGGGCUCUAAAAGCCUCCGCAGACCGACCGAGCCCGGCUCCGACCCGCCGGGGCCGCCAUGGGCUCCCUGGGGCGCUGCCUGGCCCGGAGCCUCCCGCGGGGGCAGCCGGGCCUGAGCCCCCCCGGGCCCCGCUGCUACGGCUCGGCCCCCGCGGCGCUGCAGGAGAGGACGCUGCUGGUGGCCAAGCCGGACGCGGUGCAGCGGCGGCUGCUCGGGGACAUCAUCCAGCGCUUCGAGCGCCGCGGCUUCAAACUGGUGGCCAUGAAGCUGCUCCAGGUAGCCGGGCCCGCGGGGAGCGCUGCUCCGGAGCGGGGGUGGCCGGGGGACACGGCCCGGGUGUCACUGUCGCCGCCGCUGCCCCAGGCGGACCGGAGGCUCGUGGAGCAGCACUACGAGCAGCUGCGGCUGAAGCCCUUCUACCCCGCGCUCGUCGCCUACAUGACCUCGGCGCCGGUGGUGGCCAUGGUGUGGGAGGGCUACAACGUGGUGCGGUGCACGCGGGCCAUGGUUGGGGACAGCAGCGCCGUGGGGACAAUCCGCGGGGACCUCAGCGUGCACAUCACCAGGAACCUGGUCCAUGCCAGCGACUCCGCGGAGACGGCCCAGCGGGAGAUCGGCUUCUGGUUCCAGCGGGACGAGCUGGUGGCCUGGGACAGCAGGGACAGGGACAACAUCUACGGGCUCUAGGGUCGGGCCCGGCCGGGGGCACCCC